AACUGCAUCACUCAUUCUCCACCCUUCCGGUGCCUGAUCGCCCACUCCUCCAUUUUCCACUCUUGCUUCGUCGAUCUGGACAUGGCGGAAAAAGAUUCAUUCAAUGAGUUCCUCACCGUCGCAGUUGAUGCAGCUAAGAAAGCUGGAGAGGUUAUUCGGAAAGGAUUUUACCAGACUAAGCAUGUGGAGCAUAAAGGAUCGGUGGAUUUGGUUACGGAAACUGACAAAGCUUGUGAAGAUCUCAUAUUUAACCAUCUAAAGCAGCAUUUCCCCAGCCACAAGUUCAUUGGAGAAGAAACCACUGCUGCCAAUGGUGUAACUCAGUUGACAGAUGAACCAACUUGGAUAGUUGAUCCUCUUGAUGGAACAACCAACUUUGUGCAUGGGUUCCCCUUUGUGUGUGUUUCUAUUGGUCUUACUAUUGGAAAGGUUCCAGCAGUUGGAGUCGUUUACAAUCCAAUCAUGGAUGAGCUUUUUACUGCUAUUGAUGGAAAAGGUGCUUUCCUUAAUGGAAAUCCCAUCAAAGUAUCUUCUCAAUCUGAACUGCUGACGUCCCUCCUUGCCACAGAGGCUGGAACCACACGCGAUAAGGCCACUCUGGAUGCCACUACAAAUAGAAUCAAUAGCUUACUUUACAAGGUGAGAUCAAUCCGUAUGGGAGGCUCUUGUGCCUUGGGGCUCUGUGGGAUUGCAUGUGGAAGGAUUGAUCUAUUUUAUGAGCUCGGAUUCGGUGGUCCUUGGGAUGUUGCGGCAGGGGCUGUGAUUGUUAAAGAAGCUGGUGGAGUCAUCUUUGAUCCAUCUGGCAAUGGUUUUGACAUCACUGCCCAGCGAAUAGCAGCUUCAAACCCACUGGUCAAAGAUGCAUUUGUUGAGGCAUUACAACAAUCAGCUUAAACAACUAUCUCGUGGGUCCAGAAGGCUCAACUUUAGCAGUUAAGUUCUUUUUGUUGCUUCUGAAAUGCAUCAAACUGAGAUUGUACCGACUCUGAUCAAUGGGUUCUUUAGAGUUGUCGUUAUAUGCCUUAGAAAUACUGAAUUAAUGAUUCUGCAACAUUUCUUGGGAAGUUGUAUUUGGACCAUAUUAUAUGAACUCAUGCUGCAUUCGUCAUGCAAAUAACAAGUUUCAGUUCUCUCAUCA